UACAUGCUCCAAAACCCACCCCUUGCGUCACAGAAUGUCUCCCAGGCAACCCUUGACGCGCUGGUGAGUAGCUGGACAAUGAGUGUGCUGAGUGGAGCUCAGAGCUUGGAACUGCGGAGAGCAGAGCAGUUGCUGAGCGGCUUGGCGGCCCUUGCCGGGCCAGUGGAGCGGAGACCUCUGCCAAGAGGCGCUGAACGUGCCCUUUUGACACGUUGGAGACUCUCUUGACUAUGGAUGUUGAAGAUAAACCAUAUUUUUCUAGUGUAGAGGAGGAAACUGCUUUCUGGAAGGAACUUUCCUUCAAGUAUAAACAAAGCUUCCAGGAAACUCGGGAUGAGCUACUGGAAUUCCAGGAAACAAGCAGAGAAUUAGAAGCAGAGUUGGAGGCACAGUUAGUACUGGCUGAACAAAUUAAGAGAGACUUAGACUUGCAAGCUGAUAACCAAAGGCUGAAAUAUGAAGUGGAGGCAUUAAAGAAGAAGCUAGAACAUCAGUAUGCACAAAGCUACAAACAGGUCACAGCAUUAGAGGAUGAUUUAAAUCAGACUCGGGCCAUUAAGGAGCAGUUCCAGAAGUACGUGAGAGAGCUGGAGCAAACCAAUGAUGACCUGGAAAGCGCAAAAAGGGCAGCAGUAGUUUCCCUGGAAGAGUCUGAACAAAGGCUAAAUCAGACCCUUGAAAGAAAUGCAUAUUUAGAAAGUGAACUUGAUGAAAUGGAAUCUUCAUUGGUCUCUGUGCAGAACUUAAAGGAUGAAGUAAGAGAUUUAAAACAAGAACUAGCAGCUCAGGAAAGACAAGAAGUAAACAGAAAGCAAACUCCAGACUGUGAAAAGACGGAUUCUGCUCAAACUCCAGACUGUGAAAAGACAGAUUCUGCUGUGCAAGUGUCAUUUUCUUUGCCAGCCACUCCUGUUGCCAAAGGAAUGGAAAACAGUUUUCCUUCAACAAAAGCUAUACCAAACCGUUUUGGUAUCAGCCCAAUACCUCCUCCUGCCAGCACAUCAGCACUAAACAUGGUGAGAGAUCUCUUAUGGAAAGUAGGGGCAUUUGUAUCAAAAUCAACAACUUGCAGGAAUUUUGCGGAGUUGGAAGCAUCACGAAAAUCCUGUAUUCCAGGGAAUGAUAACUGGGUUGAUAAUCGGCUACGGCGCAAAGCUCUGUCAAUCAGGGCAUUCGCCUUUGUUUAAUAAAGGGGCAGUGAACGACUUUGACCAGCUCCUCCUCCUCCUGGACUGGGCCCCUUGCACCCGUUGUUGGCCCCAGAUGUGCUGCCUCUCAGUGUGUGAACACACCCUCCUCCAGGUGGGUGCUCCUGCCCUCUCAACAAUCCAUAGAGAAGGGGUCAGUUCUGUAAAGCUGCUUAUCACACCAUAUAGCAUUUCAUCUUUCUGUGCCUUGUUACUUUUUUCUUUUCCUCCGUCAUCAAUUGUCUGGGCUUACACCACCCAAAUAAAGGUGCUUUAUCUAAACUCUUUAUCUAAAACUCAGGGUCUACUUUCUAAAGAACCUAGGCCGAGACAACUGAAAAGUCCCUUUCCCAAUGCCUAAAGUAUGUAUUCAGAACUUACUACCCAUUUUCUCUUCUAUGAGAUCAUAUAUACUGCUAUUUACCUUUUUAUUCUGUGAAAUUUAUUGUUUCCACAUUAAAAGAUUUUUUGAGGGGAAAGAAAAAUCCAUUAGGUACUCUUUCUGGUUCCAGGCCAUUAAACUUAGCUGUCUUGCCCAUCAGGUCAUAAAACUGAGCUGUGAAUGACCCCAGCCAAUUCUAAGUCAUCUCUUUACUACUAAUGAUCCUCAGAACUUGUUAAUAUAAAUUAUUUCAGUAGGUGUGGGUGGCUCUGUUCUCGUGGAUGGCUUUUGUAAAACAUUGUGUAGAAGCAGUCAUUUAAUUUGUCUAAAUUAUUUCUCAAAUUACAAUUGAUUUCUCCAUCAAAUAACAAUUGUUGAGUUCUCCAAUCUCAUGGAGAAUUUAGAAAACACAAGGGCAAAUAAAAUCUUUUCCCUUCCAAUCCCAUCAUUCUUUAAAAUACUGUUUAAUCGGGGAGGGCCCCCUGCCUGGAUCCCGAGCUGCUUUCCCAGGGAAUUCAGUCUCCCUGCCGAUUGCGCCGGCCCCACUACAGCGGGAUUGGAUCCCCCGCGCCCGCACCCGCCCCGACCCGUCCUGGGGAGGAGCGGGAAUCAAUGACCAGCCCCGGCGGGCGCGCAGCCGGGUGAGCGCAGCCCCGAGACACGCACGCAGGAACCUCCCCCGGGCCCCCCGCCCUCCCGGCUCGCCGCCUCCAGCGUGAAGCACAAUGCGCCUCCGGGCUCGGGGACGGCGGCGCCGAGCAAUCCGGGCGGGCUGGCCUCGCCGGUGACAUCACACGCAAGAAUACUCCUGCUCUUGGCGCCGCCUUCACCAAGCGGCCGUCCGUCCGUCCGUGCGCUGCCGUCCGCUGCUGGAGCGGGUCCUAGCCGGCCGGGACAGAGCCGGGCACCGCGGAGCAAUAGGACCCGAGGAGCACGGAGAGCGGAGGCAGAGAGGGAGGGAGGACCCGCGCGGACGACAGCAUGAAAUUGAGCCCCGCGCGCUGCUUGCUGUUCCUCCUGUGGGCGCUGGUCCUCAGCACCAGAUUCUCCUUUUCAGUAUUCUAAAGUCUGCCACUGACCUUGGAAAAAUCUCAACUUAGGAAAAAGAUGCAGAUGAAAGAAAACAAGAGCACAUAUAUGGUGAAAAUAAUAAAACAUCUGAAAGGUGAAGCUUAGGAGAUGAUGGCUGUACAUUGACCCAGAAUAUAAGUGCCAAAGACACAUCAUCUACUUCAUGAUUUUGUCAACUAUCAGCUUUGCCUUCAUGCUUUUAAUAGAGCCCACAUAUAUGUUAUUAUAUAUAUAUAUAUUAUUCUGACUAUAUGUAAUUCAGAAUUUAUAGUACUUUUGAAUGCAUGGCCCUCAAAAUUUGGUCUUCCAUUAUCAUGUUUAAUAACACUUAGUUUCCUUAUGAGCACAUUGUCAAGCAGAUACUAUCUGUAUUCAACAAUUAACUCUACUCAAAUGAAUAAAAACUAAAACUUCCAUGUGGUUGAUAAUUUUCAGUUGAUUGAUAUCCAUAUUUAAUGGAUUAUUUACAAGUAUGUUACAAUAAAAAAUAUAAAGUAAGA